AUGUACAAUAAUGUGGGAGCCCAGCCUGGGGUGCCAAUACCGCCUGCAACUUCGCAGCCAAAUCCGUUUGGAAAUACGUUUUACGGUGCCGGUUCAGGACUUAUCCGUGGUGGAUUGGGCGCUUAUGGAGAGAAAAUUUUAGGAUCAAGUUCUGAAUAUGUACAAAGCAAUAUCAGUAGGUAUUUCUCUGAUCCUCAAUACUACUUCCAAGUGAAUGACCAGUAUGUCCGGAACAAGUUGAAGGUUGUUCUAUUUCCAUUUCUUCACAGGGGUCAUUGGACAAGAAUAACUGAACCAGUAGGAGGCAGGCUUUCUUAUAAACCCCCAAUCUAUGACAUCAAUGCACCAGACCUGUACAUUCCAUUUAUGGCAUUUGGUACCUAUGUGGUACUGGCUGGCUUCUCAUUGGGUCUUCAAGGAAAGUUUAGUCCUGAAGCACUAAACUGGUUGUUUAUCAAAGGAUUGCUUGGCUGGUUUAUGCAAGUUGCACUACUUAAAGUAACAUUGCUUUCCUUGGGUGGUGGUGAGGCACCAUUGCUGGACAUGGUGGCAUAUGCUGGCUAUGCUUUCACAGGGUUAUGCUUGGCCAUACUUGGACGGAUUGUGUUGAGUUACUCAUACUAUUUUUUGAUGCCUUGGACCUGUUUAUGCAUGGGAGUUUUCUUGGUGAAGACUAUGAAAAGAGUCCUUUUUGCAGAGGUGAGGAGUUAUGAUUCAAGCAAGCAUCAUUAUCUUUUGCUCUUUAUCGCUUUGGCGCAGUUCCCUCUUUUUACAUGGCUUGGCAACGUUAGUGUUAAUUGGCUUAUAUAA